GAAUACGAAGCUGAUUGAUUCCAGUGGAGGCUCGCUGGUUUAUUUCUCUGAACUCGCUCAAUGUGAGGGGUAGAACUUAAAAAAAAAGAGAGAUAAAUUUUUUUUCCAAAAGCAACGCCGAGUGGCUCUGAGUUGCCGAAAUAUCUUUUGGAAUCUCCUGAUUUCAGACCGUUUUGCAGGUACUGUUAGGCGGUCUGCUCUGCAAAGGCCAAGACGCCAUAGCGGCCGACGCUCUAGUGACAUUGUUAUUAGUAAGAGGACAAUUCCGCGUUUUAGCGCCUGUGAAGUUUGUUUCCGAGUAUAUCACGAAAAAUGGUGCACUUCAUAAACUUUGCGUGCGCAAUUCUGUUUGCGUCUCUAGCACACUUUGUAACAUCAGAGACUUUGUAUGAAGCUCUCAGCAAAGAUCAAGAACUAUCGGAGUUUUAUAACAUGGUGAAUCGUGAAGAAGUUCUGCAGAUUCUACUAGAUCGCCGAGAUGUGACAGUUUUCGCUCCUAUCAAUUCAGCUCUCCGAAAGCAUAAAGCAAGGAAGCAAGAGGAUCCCAAACGAGAUGAGAGUACACCUAUGCCUAGCUUUUAUGUCUUGAACUUAUCAGCUCAGAAGCAUAUGUUCCCGAUGGCCAUCACUCCUUAUCUUGCUGGCGUGGCACCUCUGUAUUUGAGUGUGAAGGAAGAAGAACGGAAACGAAAGGAGUAUUACGUAGACAAUGCCAAAAUCAUCAGACAAGCCGAACACCGAGGAACAGAAGGGAAGACUCAGUUUCUGUAUGUUAUUGAUGAAUUACUGGAACCAUACAAACCUAUCUCUGGCCAACCACCUACAGCUCUUGAGCUUCUCAAGCAGCCAAGCAUCUACGGACUCAAGGAAACCAUUGAUGCAUUUGCUUCUCGAGUAACUUCCGAACGAGAGAAAGAAGUUUUCAGUCGAGUAGGAAAUCAUACAUUUUUCUUGCCAAUCGGAUCUGUCGAUGGAGCUUCGUCGUCAAAACUGCAAGAAAUUGAUACUUGGGUCGUGCGAGGACAUGUUAUAUCGAAUCAUGUUCUUUUCUUGAGAACAAUGAGCAGGAAAUCUUACAAAUCGGAGUCAUGGGGAGAUAAGCUGAAAGUUGAGUUGCGAUUGACAAAUGAGUCCACCAGGGAACAAGAGAAGUGGUACAUUCAAAGUAACACAAUCCAAGGUGAUCAGAGACAUCGAAAAGGAGUUGUCCGUGCCAGGAUUAUUCGACCGAACAUCCCUGUCAGCAACGGUGUAGUCCAUCUCAUCAGCAAACCAUUGAUGGUCAUUGACAAAACUAUUUGGGAGCACAUCGAGGAAGAGAGGAACGAAAGAUUAGGGAAAUUCUACGAUUUGGCAAACCGAAAUCCUAAGUUUCUGGCCCACCUGAAGAGUUCCGAUCAACGAACUGUUUUCGCACCAACUGAUAAAGCUUUCGCAGCUCUCCAGAAUACUGAAAAACUACAGCAGGUUCUGAACAACGCAACUGUGACAAACAAUUUGCUGGAAUUGCAUAUGGUGAUGCGUUCUGUGCACUCUGAGGACGUCUGGAACAAGAACGUGACUAACAUGCUGGCUUCGGACAAUAGACGAAAUCUUUAUUUUGGAGUCGUGGGAGAUGAACGAAACAAAACUCUGACUGUAGAAGGUGGAGGAGUGAAUGCAACUGCUAUAAUGGGUGACAUAGGAGCUACCAACGGAAUCCUGCAUAUCAUUGAUCGCGUACUUGGGAUGCCUUAUCUCACAGUUUACAGCAAGCUGGCACACGACCCUGAUUUGCACACCACUUUCAAGCUGAGUAUGCAAGAAUCCUGGAAUCAGAAACUGAACGAUAAGGAAAAACGUUAUACUUUCUUUGUACCCAACAGAAAGGCCUGGGAAGAUCUGAAACGAGAAAUGCCAUCGGAACACAAGCAAUUGAACCUUGGACUGUUUAGCUACCAUGUUCACAAGAUACUAGACCGCCAUCUUGUAGUCGGCAAUGAACUAACUAAGGAGGACUUGGAACGUCAGGACAAAAUUCAAAUGGUUCAUGGAAUGUUUAAGAUUUCUCCUGGUUACCAAAGUGGUCCAUUGACUGUUGAAUGGGAAGGUCUACAAGCUAACAUCGUCCGUCCUGAUGUCCAAGCUACAAAUGGUAUAAUUCAUGUCAUUGAUCGUGUUAUGAUGAAGCGUCGAGAUCUGACAAAAUCUGGAUCUAUCUCGUUGUGUCCUUCUCUUUUGUCUUUAGUUUCUUUACUUCUUGCAGUCUUCAUUAAAGCGAAACUUUAAUUUCUGACGCUUUAAAGAUUAACUCAAAGGAAAGAAAUCUGUUAUAAAGUCUAAAAAAACUACGAAGGAAAUGAGUUUUAUUUUAAAAUUUCUGUCUUAUGUGUUAUAUAGCUUAUGUUUGAACAGAUUGUGUAACAUAUCCAUUUUCUGGUUACAUGUAACUUUUCUGAGCUAUGAGUUCUAAGUGUAUUCAUAUUCCAACUUUGACUCUCGAUUGUACCUAAUUCCGAAUGUGAACAAACUAUUAAUUAAACUCUUCAGGAAAAAAUAUAUAAAUUACUUUUGCUUUGUAUUUGUAGGAUGCAUAAUUUAUUACAGCAAUAUCAGAUUUUCUGAACAGACUCAGAAUUGAAAAGUGCGCGUUUAAAAAUGACGGGAAGUAGGAAGUCUGAUGCAUAUUGACAAAUAUAUUUUUAUUUCCAAUGAAUUCUCUGUCAUAUUCAACUAAAACAUUUUAAAGGCGGUUCCUAUUUCUAAUGUUUUCACGCCGUUUAAAUUUGCUUUCAUAUUGAGAAAAGAAAUUGAGAAUCUUUGUAAAAUGAUGCUUAAGCAAUAAAAAAUGUCUUAUAACUAAAGGAUGCUUUUAGCCUAGAAAUGAAAUAUUUAAAUAGAUUGGUACAAAAGGGAUAUUUUCUAGAAAUCAGACUGAAUAGUUUGGGGACCGCUCAGAAAUAAUCUAUUUGAUAACUCAUCUGAUCGCGAUGGCUCGCCUUUUCUAGAUCUGAUGAUUUUCAUAACUUUUGUACAUAGAAUUAAUAAUGUCUUUUCUUUGAUUCAUAUUUCAAUCUCAGCUCAAUGUUGAAAUAGUUUUCUUUUUAAAUCAGCAAUUCAAUAAGAAAUUAAAACAUAUUGAUGUCAAUACAUGCGCCAUUUCAUUUCAUCAAUAGAAAAUUGAUAUCCAAUUUUUAUUGAGGCUGAUAAAACACAGUAUCUCUGUACGAUGAUCAAUAUAAUUAUGUAAUCCUAACAUUUCGUCACUGAAAUUCCUGCAUGUUAGAUCCCUAUGUACCAGUUUCUGCUGCUAAAACACAGAUUUAAAUUAGGUAGAAUGCAUAUCGUACUAGUUUGUAACAUAUCUGGAAAGAUACUCGAAAUCACAACAGACUUAGGUAGAAGAAUUCUUAAUUGUUUCAUUUAGAUUUUAAAGCAAUUGCAAAAACCUUUUAAGCUUCAGUAAAAAAAAAGGUAUUAAUAAAUAUUAAAUUUUUAAUUGUUACACUAUAAAAUGCCAUAUGAAUGGAUAGGACUAGUCAUAUGUAAAUAUUUUUGAAAUAUUUCGAUAGUUCAAAUAUUUUUGUGAGUCCUCUUUUUGAAGUAUUUUACUUUUAUUCCUACGUUGAAUACAAGCUCAUUUGUUUUUAAGUGAUAACUUUCGACAUUUUGUUUUUAGGAAUAUGAUAUUUUUUUCUGCUUUCAUUCCUUAUCUUAUACAUGUAUUCACUAUUGUUGUUGGUUAGUAAUUGUGUAUCGAUAUAAAUUAAUUUACUAUAGAUAUACUUAAAAAUUUACUGUUAUUGUCUGAGUUUAUGUAAGUAGUGGAAUUCUAAAACAGCUCUAUUAUCAAUCUUAAUAUAAAAUACAAGGAUUUUCAAUGAAAAAAAGCAAAUUUUUGAAUAAAUUAUGAAACACUGAUAAGAUACUGGAAAAAAUAUAAACUUUCUGUUGAUGGAAACUGCCAUGAAUGUAUAUUACUCUGACUGCCAAUAAAUCCUUCUUUAUACGAAGGAAUUUAUAUUAUUUGCACUUUACGAUGUUACUAAUUAGUGAUUUGUAAAUGAUGUAAACUUAAAUGAGAAGAUAAAUUACUAUGUACACUGUUAUACUUAACUGCUUACUUUAACAAAAUCAAUUUUAUUGUUUUAAAAGCAUUUUAACUGUUUCAUAUGACACUUAAUGCAACAUAAAAGUUCUCUUAGCUAGAAGUUUUAUGUAAAGAUGGAAAUCUAAUGUGAAUUGAUACAAGAAUGAGAGUUUCAAAGGCAGAGAAUUGGAAAAGUUUCAAAUUUUGCAGAGCUUGAACGUAAGAGUAGAUGUUGUCUCUAUGUGCAGCUUAUCUUCCUCUUUAUUCUCAAUAAUUUAUGAAAGAUGUAUUCAUAAUUCUGAGUUUGUUUAAAUUGUCCUAAUAGCAGACAUACAAGAUGUUUUUCGCUGUUUAUACUUCAUGAUGGAAAACUGGAAAAUGUGUUUUCAUUUUGCCACUGUUAAAAAGACUCACUGCAUAAUUUUGCUUAAUUGUACUACACUGAAUAUCAAUACAUUAGGUGAUGUUUUCUUGCUUAGACAUGACUUAUUUAUUCCUCAAAGUACUGUAAUUUUUCUUACAAGACAUUUUAGAGUAUGUUACUAUUCGUGACAUUAAAUACAAAGUUCUUAAUAAUACGUAGUAAGCACUCUACGUUGUAUUUUGUCCCUUCUAUAAACGUCAGUUAUCUAGUCACUUCACUUUCAUUACAAAUAAAAAUUAAUAGUGACGUUUAGAAAGUUUUACGAACGUUAACCGUUGGUCAUGAACAUAAGUGUAUAUAGAUGUUAUCAAGAUUUCUGUAAAAGGGAAAAAUGAAAGGGUUUUUUUUUCCAAUAGUAUUUUGUUUUCUCACUUCGUUUAUGCAUCAAAUAUUAAGUCUCAAAACUUCAGGUUUUCUUAAAUAUGAUCCUUCUGAAUUCUAUCCUUAUAAUGUAAAUAAAUACUGCACAUCAACUUUCAAUUGGAUAUCAAAAAGUGAAAGUUUCUGUGGAAUUGUUCUGUAUACUGCGCAUUUAAAGAAUUUUUAACUGCGCAAUCUAGUAUUAGAGCGUUAACAAUGUCACUUAAAUAAAUUUCCUAAAUUUCGCAAUUAAAUUAUGUACACUAAAUUUAUCUUUGAAAAAAAUAUCGAGCUUUUUGGAGUUGUUAAAUAACCGGACAAAGUCUUCUCAGUUUCAAAUAUUCCUUAUCAGCUUCAAAGAAAUUUGUUUCUUUGGCACCCAUUCAGAAAGUAUUUGACGUAUAUUAAUUAUAAAAUCCUAUUUGUCAUAAUCUAGCUGCAGGUUUGUACAGUGAAAUAUGUGUUGUGUAUAUUUGAUAUCACCUUCUAUUUUACAGCUAAAUAUUUAUUGUUCAAAAGAAGAAAAUACGUUGCAUCAAAUCUUGGCAUCUGUAAAAUUCGUAUUGCUUCUAUUUAAAGCCAUAGGCUGAAAUGCUUAAAAUGUAUAUCUUAAAUGUGUGAAUAACAGAUUUCAUGAAAAAAUUGGAUCGUUGUUUCUUGUGCUUUGUAUUUUUUAUAUAACAAGUCUAGAUAUCUUGUCAGCUUGUCUUUCAAACUGUACUUACGAACUCCAAUGUGUUUAUGUGAAAAGAUUAAGGGUCCGGCCGUAGGUCUAUGGCACCCGCUUAUUUGUUCAUUCAUUUUUGAAAUGAUUAUAUCAUGUUUGUGAAACAAAUGCUGUUAUAUAAAGGCAGUUCUAUUGUAUAUCAGAAUGUGAAACCUAUGAAUAUUGAGCAUGUUGUUACCAGAUAAGUUUUAUCUUACAAAUAAUUGUGUCUCUUUUGCAACUUUACGAUGCCAUUUAUAGCUGUAAUGUCUUUGAAAUUUAUGAAACUUGGAGAGAAUUACGAAUCUAAGGUUUAUAAAUCAAAAAUUAAAAAUUUGCAGCUUUACUUUGCUUUUUUAAAGAAUAAAAGUAUUAUAGCAGGAUAGGCCCAGUCAUUAAGAUCUUUGUCGAAGGUAAAAUUUGGGCCCAGUAGUUGAAAAAUUACACAUAUUUAUCGACUUUUUGAACUCUUGUUACAUGAAUCUGAAUAUAUUUACUUUAUAUUUAACUCUUUAAUCAAAAUUUAAAAGAAAUCUAUCAUCAAAAUAUAAGUAGCUCUAGUGGAAAAGGAAUCCAUGGGAUAAAUCAAGUAUAGAACCAAACUCAGCUAAGCAUCCUACAGUUUAUAACCAUGAAAAUUAAUGUUGAGCUUUCUAUAAAAAAUAUAACUAAACAGCUUAUUAUGCUUUUUUUAUCUCUAAUAUUAAACGAAAAAUGGCUCCUUUUCUUUAAUUUGAUACUGAUUUUUAUCCACGGAACCAAAUAAAUUAUGGCAUUUUAAGUAAUAUAUUGACUAAUUAUUCUUUUCCUAUAAAAUUGAUUUAUAUCUCGAUCAAUUUUGUUGAUUUAAUCAAAAUUAUGGAUUAUGUUGUAAUGAAGAAUUUGAAAAUACCUUUUUACUUUUAUAUUCUUUUCUUUCUUCUUUUUUCUUCUGUUUAUUUGAUCGGUGAAAAUAUAAAUAAUUCAAACAAAUUUUAACUCUUAAGUAUUUCUGAAGAUGAAUGUAUUUCAAUAAUAUAAUUAUUAAUAUUCAGAAACAUUAAAAUUUAGUUAAAACAAUUAUUUCGUUUCUAUAAAAUUCUUCUUUAGCAUUCAAAAUAAUGGAAGGAACUGACAUUUUACUCUAUAAAAAUGGCAAUGCUUUUGCAUAAUUUUGAUUUGAAACGUGAUUUUUCUGAUAAAAAUAAUACAUUUGAAAACUUUAGAUUGUGUAACCGAAAUAAAAAUUCACAUCCAUAUAUCUUCAUUCAACGUAAGGAAACUAAGAGAAUUUCAAUUUGAAAGAUAUAUAAGUAACAAUUAGAAACCAAUAUUUCAAAUAUUAAAACCAUAAAUGAAGUUGUGGAACGUUAUAUUUGCUGCUUAAUAAUCAGUCAUAUUGGUAUAAAGUAAAAAAAAGACGUUAAUUUUAAUAUAAUUUUCCAAUAAGAAUUAAACUUUCAAAAAUGUAUACAUUACCCAGAUAAUUUCUUGUAACAAAUAAUUACAAAAAAUUGUACAUUAAGUUGAAUCGGGUUUUAUUUAAGCUUAGUACUAAAUAAUUCUGAUUCACGUUAUAAAUCAUCGAUUAAAUAAUUAUAUUAUUUCACAUUGUAAAUAAUUUUCAAUUAAAUUCACGAAAUACAAGAAAUGAAGGUGAAUCAAAAUAAAGAAUAGUUUAAUAAUCUUCAAACACCGAUCUCCAUGUUAUCCCUCAUUUUUUCAAACCAGUACUCAGGAUAAACUGUAGGAUGUUUAACAUGGCUUUCUCUUAUAAUUACCUCUGUGCACGUUAUGACAAUCUGUGGUCUUUGUUUUCUUCUGUGCAGAUGAAUGUUAAGAGUUAAGCCUCAAAACUUAUAACAGAGUUGAAAUGCAACUAAAGAAUUCUAGAGCUCACUGUGUAAUUACUGUGUUACAGACAUUUACAGUUAUAAACCAAGAUGCCUUCUCAGACACGCAUUACUAUUUCCUAGUUGCUGACAUGUGUUUCAGGUACUUGUUGUAGCUUUUCAAAAGACAAAAAAAAAUUGUUCAAGGCUUUCAACACGGCCCAAAGGCAGACACUUUUUUUGUGCUUGUUAAGACUAAGUAGUGUGAAUAUAUUGAUAUCGGUUCUUGACAAGUGUUCAUCGUAUUUGUGUCCAAUGAGAUAUUGAAAAUAACGAUGUCAUAUAUGGGACUUACACAUUUCCCAGACUGUAUACAACUUUACAGUAAUGUGCAGCCGAACAUGUAAAAAAUUAUUUGAUUAGUGUUUCGAUUUUCGCACCAUUACGAAAAACGUACAUAAAAUAGAAUAAAACAAUUCUUGUGAAA